AUGGAUGUCUUUUGGACGCUCCCGCCUGUCUCCAGGACCAUCACAGCAUUGGCUGUCGGUGUAUCCGCCUUGGGGUACAGCGGCCUCAUCGAUCUUUCUAAUUAUGUGUUUGUGAGCCAAUGGGUCUUUACCAUGAAAAUGGUACCCCAGCUCUGGCGUGUCGUCACGGGGUUUCUUAUCACGAAACCCAAGUUUGGCAUCCUCUUGGACCCGUACUUCCUGUACCAGUACGGCAGUGGCCUCGAACGCGAGUCCUCCCGCUUCUCGCAGCCGGGAGACUUCUUCGUAUACACGGCGUUUCUCGCCAGCAUCAUAGUUACCACCUCGGAUUAUCUGCUCGCCCAGCCUAUACUUCUAGCUGAAGCGAUUCCUGGAACCGAGGGAGAGUACCCUUGCACAUUAUGCCGUUCCGUCAUUCGCAAAAUCCAAAAGGGACGCGUGUGGUGUGUGAGCAUGGUGGGAAUGCUACUUGAGAAAGCUUUGCGAAUGCUCUCCAUUUCGUUAGGCGGUGAACUCUACGCUAACAUUGCUCGUGUCAAGGCAACAGCAGGUGCUGCAUUCGGCUCCUACACCUUCCUCCCCGCGCUCUCACUCGCCUACGCAUAUACCUACGCGCAAGAAAACCCCACCCGUAAAGUCUCCUUCUUCGUCGUCACUUUCGAUUGCAAGUUCCUUCCGUACGCCAUGCUCGCCAUGUCGUUCGUCAUGGAUGGUCCCGGGACCGCCCUCGUGCAAAUUUGCGGUCUACUCGCUGCACACAUGUACGAUUUCUUGACGAGGAUCUGGCCUACAUUUGGCGGAGGCAAGAAUUACAUCUUCACCCCACAGAUUGUGCGGAGCUGGUUUGGUGCGACGCCCGGUAGCGUGCAGAACCGAGGAUACGGACAUGCGGUUCAGGGACGUGGAGCAGCGCCGAGCACUGGAGCAAGCACGAGCGUGAGGAACGCGUGGGGUAGCAUGGGACCCGGUCGCCGACUAGGCGGAUAG